CCGCCGCUGCCCCCCGCUGCCCCCCGCCCGGUAGGAUGUCGAGCGGGGACGCCGGCCCGGCCGCGGCCCACGCCAAGCCCGCCUUCACCGAGCCGCAGGCCGCGGCGCUGCUGGAGUCGGUGUUCGGGUUCAAGGCGGCCCGGGUCCAGCCGCUGCCCAGCUACGACGACCAGAACUUCCACGUGCACGUGGCGGGCGCGGGCGCGGGCGAGGGCCUGGGGUUCGUGCUCAAGAUCAGCAACAGCGAGAGCAGCGCCCACGCCGAGCUCAUCGCGCUGCAGAACGACGCCAUCGCCUUCCUCCGGGCCAGCGGCUUCCCCACCGCCUCCGUGUGCCGCACGCGCCGCGGCCACACCGCCUCCUCGUGUCCGUGGGUGAACAGCGGGUCGGGGAUCCGAAGCCACCUGGUGCGGCUCAUGACCUACCUCCCGGGCCGCCCCAUCGCCGAGGUGCCCGUCGGCCCCGCGCUGCUCUACGAGGUGGGAAGGCUGGCCGCCAGCCUGGACAAGACGCUGGAGCGGUUCCAGCACCCCGACCUGGGCCUCCUCCACCGGGAGGACUUCAUCUGGAACCUGAGGAACCUGCCGCUGCUGGAGCGGUUCGUGGGCGCCCUGGGCCGCGACGGCCGGCGCGCGCUGGUGGAGCGCGUCCUCCAGCUCUUCCGGCAGGACGUGCUCCCCAAGCUCGGCCUCUUCCGGCAGUGCCUCAACCACGGCGACCUGAACGACCACAACGUCCUGGUGGAGCCCAGCGCGGCGGGCGGCGACGCCCCGUACCGCGUGUCGGGCGUGCUGGACUUCGGCGACAUGAGCUUCGGGUACUACGUGUUCGAGGCGGCCAUCGCCAUCACGUACAUGAUGGUGGAGAGCCCCAGCCCGCUGCCGGCGGGCGGCCACGUGCUGGCCGGCUUCGAGAGCGUCGUCCCGCUCACGGCCGCCGAGCGCGGCGCCCUCUUCCCGCUCGUGUGCGCCCGCUUCGCCCAGUCCCUCGUCAUGGCCGCCCACACCUGCCAGCUGCAGCCCGACAACCGCGAGUACCUCAUGGUCACCGCCAAGACCGGGUGGAAGCGCCUGCAGCUCCUGCUCGACGCGGGCCGGGACGCCGUCGAGGAGGUCUGGUUCCAGACCGCCCGGUCCUACGAGGCCGCGCGGGCCCCCGGGCCCGGAGCCCAGCGCCCAUUAAACGUGACCCGGCCGCUCCCGCCGCUCCCCUUCCCCGCCGGACACCUGCCCGUGGGACACUGCCCCGCACGGCUCCUCGGAGCGGCCCGGGGCUGGGGCGCGGGGCGCUGCCGCACCGUCCUCCCCGCCCCCCUGCAGGGCCCCGACGCCGCCCCCGGGAGCCGAGCCAGCGCGGCCGGCCACCCGCCCUCCGGUGCCGCGCGCUUCUGGGGCUGGGACUCGGGCCCGGGCCCCGCCCGCCACCGGGCCCCACCCCCGGGGACCCCCGUCCGCCCCGCCCCCUCCCCCGGGGACCCCCGCCGCCGGGCCCCCACCCGCCCCCUGUCCCGCCGCCGGCCCCCACCCCCGAGCGCAGCGCCGCUGGCCCCGCCCCCCGCGCACUUCCGCGUGCCGCGCCGCGCAGCCACGCCCCCCGGCCGGCGUGCGCACGCGCGGCGGCCAUCUUGGCGGCGCGUCUUCCGGCCGGCGAGCGGUUUCCCCCGAGCGGAGCCGCGGUCCUCGGCGCCCCGGUGCGCGGUCCUGGCUCGAGCCCCUCGGUGA